CUCAAUUCCAACUCUCAGUCGCUGGUCAACGAUUCACACAUACUAACCUUGACUCACACCGACCAAUAUGGCAGAGGCGCUCAAGGCGGAGGGCAACAAGCUGUUCGCAGCGAAGGACUUUGAGGGCGCAGCUCAGAAGUUCUCGGAAGCCAUUGAAGCUGAUCCUAACAACCACGUCCUCUACUCGAAUAGAUCUGGCGCAUACGCUUCCCUCAAACAGUAUGAGUUGGCUCUCGCCGAUGCGACCAAGACAACAGAGAUCAAGCCUGACUGGAGUAAGGGCUGGGGUCGUAAGGGAGCAGCACUACAUGGGAUGGGAGAUCUGAUGGGCGCCGUGCAAGCGUUUGACGAGGCACUGAAGCUGGAUCCAAACAAUGCUCAGGCAAAGUCUGGUCGCGCAGCAGCUGAGCGCGCUAUUGAGGCAGAGGCGAGUCGCGAUGGCCUCGACCCAAGUGGAGGGCUGGGCAAUAUGUUCAAUGACCCAAAGCUGUUCGAAAAGCUCGCAAAGAAUCCCAAGACCUCGCAUCUGCUCAGCGACUCGCAAUUCAUGACUAAAUUGCAGAACCUGAAGAACAACCCACAAGGCAUGCAGCAGGAGAUGUUCUCCGACCCACGCUUCCUGCAAGUCAUGGGUGUGCUUCUCGGCAUAGAUAUGCAGAUGAACCCGACAGACGAUGCAGACCGCGAUGCAGCCAAGUUCCAGGCCGACCACGAUGCAAAGGUCGAGGAUGUCGAGAUGCCAGACGUGCGACCACAAUCAUCGAAGCCGGAACAGGCCCAGAAGGCUCCGGAACCGGAAGCUGAGCCGGAACCCGAAGAUGAAGAGGCGAUUGAGAAGAAGAAGCAGAAAGAGGCUGCCGAUAAAGAGAAGGCGCUGGGGACCGAGAUGUACAAGAAGAGGCAGUUCGACGAGGCAAUUGCCCAUUACACAAAGGCUUGGGAGACAUACAAGGACAUCACAUACCUUACCAACCUUGGUGCUGCGAACUUCGAGAAGGGUGACUACGACGCGUGUAUCGAGGCAUGCCAGAAGGCAGUCGACCACGGUCGUGAGGUCUUUGCCGAUUUCAAGAUCAUUGCCAAGGCUUACGGCCGCAUUGGAUCUGCCUACGAGAAGAAGGGCGAUCUUGCCAACGCUGUCGAGUUCUACCAGCGCUCUCUCACCGAACACCGAACCCCAGAUAUCCUUAGCAAGCUGCGAGCUGCGGAGAAGGCGAAGAUCAAGGCGGAGAAGGAUUCGUACAUCGACCCACAGAAGGCCGAAGAAGCACGAGAGCUUGGCAACCAGAAAUUCAAGGAGACUGAUUGGCCGGCAGCCGUGGAAGCUUACACGGAGAUGAUCAAGCGUGCUCCUGAAGAUCCACGAGGCUACUCGAACCGCGCUGCAUGUCUCAUCAAGCUUCUCACAUUCCCAAGCGCCGUCCAGGACUGCGAUGAAGCUAUCAAGCGGGACCCGAACUUCAUCCGUGCCUACCUCCGCAAGGCACAAGCACUCUUCGCCAUGAAGGAAUACAACAAGUGUCUUGACGUUUGCGCGGAGGCAAGUGCGCACGAUGCUGAUGGCAAGAACGCACGCGAAAUCGAGCAACAAAGCCAAAAGGCUUUGGAAGCACAAUUCUCUGCGCGGGAAGGUGAGACGGAGCAGCAAGCGCAAGAGCGUAUCCAGAGAGAUCCAGACAUCAUGGCCAUCCUGCAAGACCCAGUCAUGCAGAGCAUCCUGCAGCAAGCCAAGAAUGAUCCGGCGGCUCUGAACGACCACAUGCGCAACCCGGCCAUUCGCACCAAUAUCCAGAAGCUCAUUGCUGCUGGUGUGAUUAGGCUGGGAAGAUAGAGUGGGGAUGGAGGCGUGGGAAUUUGACCAAGGCAAGACAAUACGAUCAUCAUGUGUAUGUAUCAUAGCGCAUAGCGAAUAUGGGUUCGGCUUCGGCGUCGACAUAGCUGGAUGGGUAAUGUAAGAUACAAAAGUCCUGCAUCGAAAGGAUGACAGCUGUACUUCGUUUGCUAUCGGACAUGAUAGCAUGUCUGUAUGUUCAGUAAGCUUCAUCUCUCU